AAAAUCUUGCUCAACCAGACUCGCUCAGUACUGUCCUUUCAUUUGUCUCUGCAAAAUGGCCAUCACUCUUGCGCUAUGGAGCAUCAAGCUCACGCCUGGAAAGCCUGAAAUUAUCGAAGCCCACAGUGACAGAACGGUCACCAACAUUGCAAUCGGUGACGACUCGGAAGCACCCAGCAAGUCAAGCAGGAGCACGGUCAAGCUGACAUACCCAAAUCUCGCCUAUGAUGAAGAUGACGACGAUGAUUCGGAGGAAAACAUCACUACCGUGUUAUGCUCGUUGUCUGUAGGAAAGGUCGAACAGGUGGUGACCGAUAUUGUGCUCAAUGAGGGUAGCUCGUACAAAUUUGAGACUACCGGCGAAAAUACGAUAUAUGUGAGCGGGCACAUCAUCGACCAGCGACCAUUCGACUCGGACUCAGACUCCUCGAUAGGCGAUGAGGAGGAGGCUUUUGACCUCAGAGACGUCAGCUCUGAUGUCGAAAUUGAGCCAGAAGAAUAUGAAAGUGACGCAAGUCGAUUUGAAGAAGUACAUGAUGAUGCUACAGAAAAGUCUCUAAAGCGGCCUCGCCAGUCAACCGACAUGGAUAUUGACAGCUCAAAGCUCUCCAAGGCUGAAAAAAAGAAAGCCAAGAAGCAAAAAGGCGAAGAUGGGAAACCCGUCGUUGUCGAAGCCGAUGCUCCUGCCGAUAAAUCUGACAAACCUAGCAAAAAGGACAAGAAAGAAAAGUCUGAAACUACCGGCAAGACGUUAGCUGAGAAAGAGCUACCGGGGGGUCUGAAGAUCAAAGACUCAAAAGUUGGAACGGGACCACAAGCGAAGAAAGGCAAUACUGUUCAGAUGAGAUACAUCGGUAAACUUACCAACGGCAAAGUUUUCGACUCGAACACCAAAGGAAAACCCUUCUCCUUCCGCCUUGGUGCAGGCGAGGUCAUUAAAGGUAUGUUUCUUUAUGUAGUACGUGUUCAAUGCCUCAACAGCCGGACAGGGUGGGAUCAAGGACUUGUCGGAAUGCAGGCUGGAGGAGAACGUGUACUUACUAUUCCACCUGCUUUGGGGUAUGGCAAAAAGGGCGUAUCUGGCAUUCCAGGAAAUGCGACGCUCAUCUUUGAAUGCAAGCUUGUCAACAUUAAGUAGAUUGCAGGUGGAUGGUAAAAUAGUUCAUAAAAGUAUGGUCGUCACGAAUAACCGUCGUUUAUACCAUUUAAUAAUAGUUCACAAAUCGCAGUUGCAUUCGUUUGAACGAGAA